GUUCGUAAAAAUAUUGCAGCUUAAUUUAACUGUCAUGGGAUUUAUAGUGAAUCCCUGUAAGGGCUUUUAUGCGAAAAUGCGGCAAUACGUUCGAUGGCACUGGGAGAAGAUAUGCCGCUAUCCGCCGAUACGCAGUCGGCUGUACGGAAUGGAAUAUAAGCUUUACAAGUUCUGGGUAGUCAUCUACGGUGAACCGGAUGCGACAGACGUUGUUAUUUUCAACGAGCUGCCCACCAGGAGCCCGGGGUAUCACACCUCCAAUGGUUGCAAAAAGAAAUAUUGUGAGACUUGUCGGGUAAAUCGGAUUGUGAUGUACCUGGACAAUGCCAAGUAUUCCAUAGACAUUGCUCAUUUCACCAUUUCGCAUCGCCUUAUCUACCAUGCCAUUGUCCGUGCCUGGGACCGGGGCGUCGAAUUACGCAUCGUCACCGACUCGCAAAUGAUAUAUAUGCGGGGAUCGGUGGUGGUGACCCUUUGUCGCAUGGGAAUACCGGUGCAUGCAGCCUCUGAUAGAUUGACAUUGCAUCACAAGUUCUGCAUAAUCGAUGGCCGGAAGCGCAUUCUCGACCUGGAUGAGCAGGAGAAGCGGAUACAUUGUAGAUUGUGGAACUGCAAGGGGUUUAUUAUGACUGGCUCUCUGAACUGGACCCACCAGGGCACGGCCAACAAUUAUGAGAACGUGGUGAUGACAUCGAAUUUUAAUGUGACUGACCAGUAUCAAGAGUUAUAUGAGAAGCUGUGGAGACAGAAUCCCCCACUUCAGACGCUAGACUAUCUGGGAUUUGUUGAUGAAAGCAUUUUUGGGUGCAGAUUUUAGAAUCCGAAUUUACAAACAUA